ACAAAUUGGUCCUCAAACCAUUUGAAUACUUUUAUACUUGAAUCUUCUUUAUUUUGUAUACCUUUCAAUGCAACUCAUCACACUGAACGGAGCGACUCUUGGUUGGAUGUAAUCUUACUAGAUGACCAAAGUAAACUUGGAAAUUAUUUUAAAUCUGAUGCACUUUUUAUUGCUGGUCAUGAUUAUUUAUAUUGUGAAUAUCAAAUUGAUCUUCCGAAACCGGUAGAAAAAUUCAUUGUUUACAGAAACUUUAAAAAUUGCGAUCACACUGCUUUAUCAAUGUCUCUUGUAAAUGCUUUAUGUCUUGGAUUCGAUGUAUUAAAUAAUAUUGAUCCGAAUGAAUUAUUGGAGUUCUUUUUGAAAGGCGUUUUAGAUGCAUUAGAUGAUUAUGCACCAGUAGUAAAAUGUAAAAUAAACGGCAAUUCAAAUUGCUGGAUUACAAGAGAUUUAAAAAAUAAAUGCCGAGAAUGUGAUAAAUUGUAUAAACUUGCGAAGAGAACUGGUGAUCAAAUUAUGUUAAAACAUUUUAGGAUUAGAAGAAAAGAAUUAAAAAUAGAAUUAAAUCAUGCGAGAGAAACUUAUCUAAAAAAUGCCCUUGUAAAUUUACCUACUGGUCGUACUGUUUGGAGUGGGCUCAAGCAUUUAGGGCUAAUAAAAGGAAAACAAUCUUCUCCCUUAAACUACUUUGAUCCUAAUGUUCUUAACGAUUAUUAUGCUAUAAUUGUCAGACAACAUGAACCUUGCAAUGUAGAAUUUCUAGAUUCACUAUUUACACUAUAUAGCAGUAAAGUACAUUGUUCUUUCGAUUGGAGCAUGGUUGAUAUUGUUGAUGUUACCAAAGCCUUGAAUUGGACUGCAGAACGUGGAUUAAAAUUAAAUUUAAAUGAAACGGUUGCAAUGAUUAUUGGAUCAAAUGGUAGAUUAAGAAAGUUAGAUGUAAACUCAAUACCUCCUAUUGUUGUUGAUGGCAUUGCAUUGCCAUAUGUAAAUUCGACCAAAUGCUUGGGCUUACACAUCAGUAACAAUCUCUCUUGGAAGCUACAUGUGUCUUAUACAAUAAAGAAAAUAAACUCAGCGAUCCAUAGUCUUAAAGUACGAAAAAAUAUUUUUACUCAGGAAAUAAGAAAAUUAUUAAUUUCAGCUACUGUACUUCCACUAAUUGAUUAUUGUAGUGCUGUACUUAUUGAUUAUACGGCAGAAAACGAUUUAAUACUACAGAGAGCAAUAAACAUCUUAAACGUGAUGACCAUACGGACUUAUUUUAUAGCAACAUAUUUCUUUAAAUUAUUACAAAUAGAUAAGCCGACUUACUUGAGUGAACAAUUUAUUGAUAUUGAUUCUCGACGAUCACAAGGAUUAGCUCUCAAAUCAAAUAAUGUUAACUUUGAAAUCCCGCAUUUUACAUCAAAUUAUUAUGAAAAUUCAUUUGUUAUUACUGUCAUCCGUCUUUGGCAAACAUUGCCCCCUGAUAUUAUUGGUGCUUACAGUAUUGAGGUCUUUAAAACCAAACUGUUAAAUUAUUUAAUGGAGCAAGAGACU